AUGGUACGCCCAAUUUACGCGUCAGACGACCUCGUAUUUUUAGAAGAAGGGUUAAUUGGGUUUUUUGUAUACGAUGAGAUUGAUUUCAAAGCUCGGUUUCGCUUGUUGAAGAAAAGCGUCUUUGAGGUGUAUAAAAUAGUUGAAUCUAUGUUACGGCACAACACUGAAAGAAACAAUGCAGUCCCACCAAUGAUCCAAUUAUUACUUGGUAUUCGAUUUUUAUCUACUGGAUCCUUCAUUAUCACAAUGAGAGAUUUCCACGGAGUUAGUAAAAUGGCUGCAUAUGCUUUCAUUCAUCGGGUCAAGAUGAUGCUUUACUGUUCACGAAAUGGGAAAGGUUUCUAUUCAAUAAACGUACCAAUCAUGGUCAAUUCUCGUCCCCAGAUUUUGGAUAUAGUAGCAAGUUGGCCAGGCAGUUGUCAUGAUGCGACAAUUCUGGAUUUUUCUAACAUAAAAACGCGUUUUUCGGCUGAAUCAACAGUAGAAGCGAUCGUAGCUUUAGCAGUGUUGUGUAAUAUCUGCAGAAUAAAUGAACCAUCACCUGCUGUAAAUAAUCCAAUAUAUGGUGUGAUUCCUGAAAUUGAAAAUAAUAUUCUUCUACACGCUGAUGAACGCCAGUAUUUAUCUGAUUAUUAUUAUAGAAGGUAA